GACGCCGCUGCUCUGCCUUCGCCGUGACUUGAAGUGGCGCCCGAAGCCGUGCCCCAAAGCCUGCGAUGCCGCAGCUCUGCCUUGUCUUUUCUUUUAAUCUUCGAAAUAGAAACAUUGCUUAGAGUCUUAUGUUUUUCGUGGUGUUUGUCUGACACUCGUUGUUGUUUUGUAGUUAGUUGGGCUUGAUGUUUUGGAAAUCUGAGUAGAACAUGUGAAAACAAAAUGUCUUUCAGUGACGUGCUUACUUGGUUGCACUUUACUGGAUAAGUGCAGAGAAGAAGCCCCCAUUUUGCUGUCUCUUUUGUUUCUUUAACCUGAUGGCCAAUAUAUGAUGUUUUCUUAUAAUUCUGAAAGUCUUUAGUCCUUAUGCCGUUGAGGUGUGCUCUUUUAGUAAGCUCAAUACAGGAGUAAUUCCAUCGGGGUUUAUGGACCCUGGUUUGGGAGUGAUGAUUACUUAUUUGCUGUAAUGAAUUGUGCUUUAAAUGUUUGAUUUUGGUUGAUAUAGUCCCCUUGAUGCAAUGUUCUAUCCCUAAUAGGUUCAUUUCUCAUAAGCUGUUUAAAGGAGAGCAAAACAUUCUUGAAUAUUUCUUCCCUCGUGAAUGCAGCUUUAACCUUAAGUACCUACCAACAUUGGUGGAAAGAGAUGUUCACUGAAAGACAUGGAAUAUGUGGCACGCCUGCUACAAGAGUAGUUUGCAUUCUCUUGUUCAUGCUCAGGAGGAGAGGAAGAGACAACCUAGACAAGGCUUAUAUGUUUGAAACGGGAAGCCUUCAGAUGCUCCAGUGAGGAGAUGUGGGUAUGAGAUGAAGACUCCAGUUAAAUGGGAAGAGGGAAGACGUAGGAAGGAGAUUAUAAGAAAAGAUGUGGACCACUUAGAUCUUAUGGAAGUCUUGACACAAAGUGCAAUGGCAUUGGAAGAAUUCAUAUGGCUAACCCUACUUAAUAGGAUAACAUUUAAUUUGUUUGUGGAAGCUUUACAUGAAAAAGGACUUCGAGAUGAUACAACAUGCAUUGUUAUUUAUAUAUUACCGCAAGAUAAACCAAUGGCUUCUUUGCCACCACCGAAGAAGCCAGGAAAAGGAGUAUUCAAGUCAAUGUUUCGUAAAAAGUCAUCCGAAUCAUCUUCUCAGAUUGAUCAAGAAUAUAUUGAGCCAGAUGUAGUGGAGGAGUUAUAUGAGGACGGAUCCGCAAUGCUCUCAGAAAGGCUAGAUACAAAAUACCCCCUAUGCAACAUGUUUAGGCUGUUCAUGUGUGCUAUAUGUCAAGUAGAGCUAAAGCCGGGAGAGGGCAUAUCCAUACAUGCCGGUUCAUCAAAUCCAGGAAAAGAGCGUUGAUAGUUUCUUGAAUAUCCAGUUUCUGACUUCAAAGCUGAGAGACGAAUGAUACCAGCCUCUUUGCAGGGUAUGUGGACGGAUGUCAUAAGUUUGGUUGUCCUAAUGAUAUGCCAGAGGUAAUUAACUUUUUUAUUUUGAAUUCAUUCCGCUGUACACCGUUUCUUCCAAUUGUAGAGCUAACAUUCAAGUUUACCCAAUCUCCACUGUAAUAUCAACGUAAAGGGUGCUUGAUGAGGGUUCAUACGCCCAAUCGGCUUCCUGAAUGAUUGUUGCUUUGUUCUUCCUUUUUGAAAAGUAGGGAAGUCAGUUUGUGGAAUAGAUAUGGGGAACUGAUGAUUCUCAGCAAGAGGCGCAUCUGUAUGUACUUUGUUGGAUAGUAACAUUUUUUCAUUGAAUAGAAAUCAGGUUGUUGAA